UCUCUUUCUUGUUUCGAAACUUGACAAAUGUGAUGUGUCUGGAUUUCUUUUUUCCGUAUCCAAACUGCAAAUUGCUUACACCUCGGCUCCAAGUUUACCGUUUUGGUCGUACGAAUUCUUGCAGUGUUUUAUAGUGCCUUCGUUAGAUAAAGGCUCGAUUAGUAUCUUUCGUUCAAUUGAUUUAGCUUUCGUUAGUUCCUUUCAGAAGUUUAAUACGCCUAUUUCGUAGAUAAGGCAUACGUCUCGCCAGCGCCUCAUUACUCAUUGCUAUAAUUAUUCCCGAAGUGAAAUCGCAUUUCUGUAUGAUUUAGUAAAGAAACACGUUAGGAACAGCGCUUACGUACAUUAUCGUACUCAACCGGUCACAAGUGUAUGUAAAGUUCAUCAAAUAAUUCACCGAUCUGCGAACUGCUGAAUGAGUCAUAGUGCAUUUUUAUCACGGUAGAAAGUGACUCACAGGAAUAACUGAGUUUUCCGCUUACACCAAGCAACAUGUUCAGUUGGUUGAAAAGAGAAACGAAAACGGAGGAGGUGGUGGAAAAUGUUUUAGGAGAGCUGAAAAAAAUUUAUCGCAGUAAAUUGUUACCGCUGGAGGAGCAUUACAACUUCCAUGACUUUCACUCGCCGAAGCUGGAGGAUUCGGAUUUCGAUGCGAAACCGAUGAUCCUGCUGGUUGGCCAGUAUUCGACUGGUAAAACCACCUUCAUCCGGUAUCUAUUGGAACGUGAUUUUCCGGGCAUUAGGAUCGGACCGGAACCAACAACUGACCGUUUCAUAGCUGUCAUGUACGAUGACAAGGAGGGCAUGAUACCGGGAAAUGCGCUUGUUGUCGAUCCGAAGAAACAGUUUCGGCCGCUAGAAAAGUAUGGCAACGCUUUCCUCAACCGUUUCCAGUGUUCCCACGUACCAUCCCCCGUACUACGAGCUAUUUCAAUCGUGGACACGCCCGGUAUUCUGUCUGGUGAAAAGCAGCGCGUGGACCGAGGUUACGAUUUCACUGGAGUGUUGGAAUGGUUUGCGGAACGUGUAGAUCGUAUUAUCCUGCUCUUCGAUGCCCACAAGCUGGACAUUUCGGAUGAAUUUAGGCGAUCAAUCGAAGCACUGCGAGGACAUGACGAUAAGAUACGGAUCGUGCUAAACAAGGCGGACAUGAUCGAUCAUCAACAGUUGAUGCGCGUGUAUGGCGCUCUAAUGUGGUCUCUCGGCAAGGUACUGCAAACGCCCGAGGUGGCAAGAGUCUACAUUGGCUCCUUCUGGGACCAGCCACUGCGGUACGACGUCAACCGGCGACUGUUCGAGGAUGAGGAGCAAGAUCUUUUCCGUGAUUUGCAAUCGCUGCCGCGAAAUGCGGCGUUGCGUAAACUGAACGAUCUUAUCAAACGUGCUCGACUAGCAAAGGUCCACGCCUACCUCAUUUCAGAGCUUCGGAAAGAAAUGCCUCAAAUUUUCGGCAAGGAUAGUAAGAAAAAGGAGCUGAUAAAAAAUCUCGGCACUAUCUACGAUCGCGUCUGCCGGGAGCAUCAGGUUUCGAUUGGAGAUUUGCCUGAUAUCAAGAAAAUGCAAGAAGUACUCGCCAAUCAGGACUUUACCAAGUUCCAUUCGCUAAAAAUGCCACUUAUCGAGGUCGUGGACCGUAUGCUUGCCGUGGACAUUGCCCGUCUUAUGAGCAUGAUUCCGCAGGAAGAGAUGCAGUUGGUUUCGGAACCGCUUGUUAAAGGACAAAGCAACGGGACGGCAAUGGAAACCAACUUUUUGGACCAUCUUCUACUGAAAGGAGGCGCUUUCGACGGUGUGGAAGAUGUCGUUUCACCAUUCGGAUACCGGAAGGGCGAAGGAAUCGAUGCCGGGUAUGGUGAGGUGGAUUGGAUAUGCAAUCGUGAUCGUGCCCGAACGGAUCCUAUCUUUGAGUCGCUUGGACCGGUUGAUGGAAAAAUUUCCGGUGCCGCGGCCAAGUCGGAGCUGAUCAAAUCGAAGCUACCAAACAACGUCCUGAGUAAGAUUUGGAAGCUCUCGGAUUACGAUCAGGAUGGCUUCCUGGACAUCGAAGAGUUUGCUUUGGCAAUGCAUUUAAUCAACGUCAAAAUGGACGGCAAUGAGCUGCCCACUGCUUUGCCACUUCAUCUGGUUCCACCUUCCAAGCGGCGGGUGGACUAGAAUUAGGUAUUGUUAGCUUCCGGACCAAGAAUACCAGCAGGCCGUAUAGUGAUUCGCGUUAUUGUUUGUGUGUGUAUGUGGCGGCUAAACUACUAGCUUGAUUGUUAAUCUUUCUCCCUAUUUACUUUCUUUUCCACUACCCUCAGUGGAAGGAUGCCUCAAAUAUUGCUUAUCCGUUAGACCGACCCGUCAACUCUGACAUUCACCCGAGAGUUUGUUCACGCAUGUACACUUUGUGUAUCAUCUUUUGGUUAUUGCUUGACCUUUCUUUUCCCCAAUGUGUGUUGGUACGUUUUGGUCUUGUUUUUGGCGACCAAUCAAUCCUCAAAGUUUCUCUUCCCUAGGGUUCGUUCAACCGGUUACUCUUCACGUUUUCAGGAAGCGGAAACGUUGAUGGAGCAACUGAAUGCAACAGAGGAAGUAGGCGUUUUUCUUUGUGUUUUGCUUGUAAUGUUUGUGUUGUCUACACAAUGACGGCCAAUUUCAGUCAUGGUGCAAACUGGGUUUAUAUAAAAAAAUGCUAAUUUUUACUAUUAGCUUCAAACAAAACAAAAACACAUAAUGCUGCCAAGAAAAUUACAAGCGUUUCGUUUCGACGCGUAGUGAGCAAAUAGCAAAUUAAACAAAACAAAAAAAUCGCCAAAAACCAAAAACAUAAAAAACACACGCUUACAACAAAAUAUCGUUUCUUGCACUGUGAGGCCUUAUCCAUUUAGGCGAUAAUUUAUUAUUUAUACACUUAGUUAGUGAAGCAAACUGUAACGAAAUUUAGCCAAACAAAUACAUUUUUACAUUAACACACAUA